CCGAACUCAAAUCCCAAAAUCCAAACACCUCUCCGCUGUCCCUUCCGUUCUCCCUUCUUCUUCUUCCCCCAUAUGUCCCGCCGGCAACACCUUUCCCUUCCACAUCUCCCCAACCCUUAACCCAAAUUACAAAACGACAAAAUACCCAAAAGCUCCUUCCGGCGGACGGACCGAGCCCGCUAAAUCUCUUCCACACCUCCAAACAGAUUUAUUAAUUAAAAUAAUUAUUUAUUAUUAUAAACGAAUCGCCGGAUUUUUCAGGACUCAGUCCUUCCUUCUUUGGAUUUACCCCCUUCCAUCCCAACUCGGUCCACCCUUAUAAUCUCCCCCCCUCCUCCAUUUUCCUCUCCAUCUUCCCCCCAAGCUUCCUCAAUUGAGGUAACAAUGGCGAACAACAACAACAACAUGCACGAUUCGUACCACACCCGGCGCGGCCCUCCCACCGCCUCCUCGCCGGGAAUCCAGUUCAGCAACUCCCGCGACUUCGACAGCGACAUCGGCAGCAGCCUCGAGUUCGCGACCUACACGGUCCACAUCCCUCCCACUCCCGACAAUCAGCCCAUGGAGAUUUCGAUGGACUCCGCCCAAUCUUCCCCUCCUUUCAUCCCGAUCAACCGGAACCCUUCGACUUACAUGUCCAAUUCCAUGUACCGCCGGCAGAAUUCCGGCGCCAUGACCACCAUGAGCCACCUCCCCUCCUCCGUCGUCGUCUCCGGCGGCGGCGGCGGAGGCGGAAAUCGGUGCCAGGUCCCCGGGUGCGACGCGACCGCGAUGACGGACGAUCGCGGGGACCCAGUCUACCCGUGCGAUUGCGAGUUCAGGAUCUGCAGCGACUGCUUCAAGGAUGCGGAAGGGGUUUGCCCCGGCUGCAAGAGCAGUUAUCGGGACGGCGGGGAUUACGGGUCGGCUCAGUUGGAUCGGACGCUGACGACGAUGAAGAACCCGCGGAUGUUCGAUUCGACGGAUUCGGAUUUCUUGUUCGAGGAUUCGAAGAAGGAUUAUGGGUACGGGAAUGCUGCGUGGUCGAGUGAUGGCAAUAAUGAGGACGGCGGCGGCGGAGGGGAUCCGAAUUUGCUUGUGGAAAAGCAGCGGAAGCCUCUCACCCGUACAGUCAGUAUUCCGGCCACGAUUCUGGGUCCAUACCGGUUGCUGAUAGUCAUCCGGAUGGUAGCACUUGCAAUGUUCAUAGAAUGGCGGGUAACAAACCCAAACGAGGAUGCAAUCUGGCUGUGGGGGAUGUCAGUAGUAUGCGAGCUCUGGUUCUCCUUCUCAUGGCUGCUCGACCAGCUCCCCAAGCUCUGCCCAGUCAAACGCGUGGUGGACCUCGAAGUCCUCAAGGAAAAAUUCGAAACCCCAUCCCCCACCAAUCCCGCCGGAAAAUCCGAUCUCCCCGGGGUCGACAUCUUCGUCUCCACCGCCGACCCGGAGAAAGAACCCCCGCUCACCACCGCCAACACGAUCCUCUCCAUCCUCGCCGCCGACUACCCCGUCGAGAAGCUCUCCUGCUACGUCUCCGACGACGGCGGAGCUCUCCUCACUUUCGAGGCCAUGGCGGAGGCCGCCAGCUUCGCCCGGCUGUGGGUCCCCUUCUGUCGCAAGCACAACAUCGAGCCGAGGAAUCCAGAGUCUUAUUUCAAUCUGAAAAAGGACCCGUAUAAGAAUAAGGUCCGGGCUGAUUUCGUCCGAGAUCGACGGCGGGUUAAGAGGGAGUACGAUGAGUUUAAGGUGUGCAUUAAUGGUUUGCCGGAGUCGAUACGACGGCGUUCGGAUGCGUAUAAUACGCACGAGGAGAUCAAGGCGAUGAAGAAGGUUAAGGAGAUGGGAGAUGACGAGAAUUUUGAGAGGAUUAAGGUCACCAAAGCGACUUGGAUGGCAGAUGGUACUCAUUGGACCGGGACUUGGACCACGCCGGGGCCGGAGCACACUCGCGGCGAUCAUGCCAGCAUUAUUCAGGUAAUGCUGCAGCCGCCGAGCAACGAGCUAAUGAAAGGACCGGGCUCCGACGGCAACUCAAUGGACCUAUCCGACGUGGACAUGCGGCUGCCAAUGCUGGUCUACGUCUCCCGCGAGAAGCGCCCCGGCUACGACCACAACAAAAAGGCAGGGGCGAUGAACGUUUUGGUUCGAGCUUCGGCGAUCAUGUCUAACGGUCCCUUCAUCCUCAACCUCGAUUGCGACCACUACAUCUACAAUUCCGAAGCAAUUCGCGAAGGGAUGUGCUUCAUGAUGGAUGCCGGUGGUGACCGCUUGUCUUACGUUCAGUUCCCUCAACGAUUCGAAGGGAUCGACCCAUCGGAUCGAUACGCGAACCAGAACACGGUCUUCUUCGACGUCAACAUGCGGGCUCUUGAUGGAAUCCAGGGCCCCGUGUAUGUCGGCACAGGUUGUAUGUUCCGACGGACCGCCCUCUACGGGUUUGACCCGCCGGAGGCGGAAAAGUACGGGAAGAAGAGUAGUAAGAAGUCUGCCUCCGCCAAUGCUGCACCUACUUUCGACUCUGCUCCUGAUCAAUCCAGCCAGUCUUCUUAUGGUAUGGAGGACAUGGACGAUGAAUCGAUGAACAUCGCUCUAAUCCCGAAGAAGUUUGGGAAUUCGAGCAUGCUCGUCGAUUCGAUUCGAGUCGCUGCGUAUCAAGGCCUACCUCUUGCAGAUCAUCCAUCAAUUAAAAACGGACGUCCUCCAGGCGCACUCCUAGCUCCACGUCCGCCACUCACGCCGGGGACGAUCGCCGAGGCCGUCAAUGUGAUCUCUUGCUGGUACGAGGACAAAACAGAGUGGGGGGUCAAUGUCGGCUGGAUCUACGGCUCCGUGACAGAGGAUGUGGUCACCGGAUUCCGUAUGCACGAGAGAGGAUGGCGAUCCGUCUACUGCGUGACGAAACGCGACGCUUUCCGUGGCACAGCUCCGAUCAACCUCACGGACCGUCUCCACCAGGUGCUCCGAUGGGCGACGGGAUCGGUGGAGAUCUUCUUCUCCCGCAACAACGCCUUGCUGGCCGGGCGUCGCCUCAAAUUCCUCCAGCGGAUUGCUUACCUCAACGUUGGGAUCUACCCUUUCACGUCCAUCUUCUUGAUCGUCUACUGCUUCCUUCCAGCACUCUCCCUCUUCGCCAACAAGUUCAUCGUCAAUUCGCUCGACGUCAACUUCCUCAGCUACCUCCUAGUCAUCACCAUCACAUUGACCAUGCUGGCGGUUCUGGAAAUCAAAUGGUCGGGGAUCGCGUUGGAGGAAUGGUGGAGGAACGAGCAGUUCUGGUUGAUUGGUGGGACCAGCGCCCAUCUCGCCGCGGUUCUACAGGGGCUUUUGAAAGUGGUGGCUGGAAUUGAGAUCUCUUUUACACUGACUUCCAAAUCCGCAGCAGACGAGGACGACGAGUAUGCCGAGCUGUACCUGAUCAAGUGGACGUCGUUGAUGAUCCCUCCCUGCGUGAUCAUCAUAGUGAACAUCGUGGCGAUCGCGGUGGGAUUCUCGAGGACGAUCUACAGUGCGAUUCCCCAGUGGAACAAUCUGAUCGGUGGCGCGUUCUUCAGCUUCUGGGUGUUGGUUCAUAUGUACCCGUUUGCGAAAGGGUUGAUGGGACGGCGGGGGAAGACUCCGACGAUCGUGUUUGUGUGGUCUGGACUGAUUUCUAUUUGCAUUUCCUUGUUGUGGGUUGCGAUCAACCCGCCUGCUGGGCAGAAUCAAAUCGGUGGGUCUUUCCAAUUGCCUUGAUGAUGAUGAUUGCUGCUUUUUACAGUAGAGCUUUUGUGAAUGGGACUACACGAAGCUUUUCCUUCUUUGACAGUCCAGUUUAGGAUACUUUUGAUUUUGGGGCAUAGAGGUUUGAAAGUGGCCGAAAGGAAGGGGACAUGUAAUUCAUUUGUUUUUUCUUUUAUACUUUGAAUCAAUAUACUGGUACAAUGCUAACACAAAGUUAUGUGAUUAAAAUUGGUGGAUGGUUAAUGAUGUUUAACCUUGGU